AUGUUUGGUUUCGAUGGCGAUUACCGCAGAAGACCGGUACAAAGUUUAGGAGGUGCCUCCCAAAGCUCUGACCGCGAGACUAUUAUACGUAAGGCCCAACAUGAACGGCAAAAGCGAAAUGAGAUGCGUCUACAAAACAAUGGUGCUGUGGUACUACAAUCGCACACACGUUCUUUCAUUCAUCGCCAACGUCGCAAGCGGCUGGAGCGUGAACUAUUUGAUGAUUUCCUGCGAACGCAUCGCGAACGUGUUGUGGAUGAUGACUGUUUAUCCUACUUACUAAGACGGCUUCUAUUCUUUUAUACUAGCAGAGAAACCAAAGAUGGUAAACGAUUGAUUGAUGUUUGUCAGCACAUAUUGCGUCAGCCUGAACGUCUACUUCGAAAUUCUAGCACAGAGUUCAUUUGGCUACACCGACUAAAGAAACUGCUCGACAUUUGCAUGACACAAAUGACACUGCCAAAUACUUCUCCCGCUAUACCACUUCGUAUAUUAGAGGUCUUCACAUCAACUGCAGUUCUGGAUAGAUAUAUGGAGGAUGAGGAUCGUGUACAUGCAUACUUGCUUGUAAUUUUCAGUUUUCUGGUGAAGCAUGAGUACUUUGUACGUCUUCGAGAGUUAUUGGAGACAAAAUGUCCCCCAUUGGAUGGCGAGACCUUACACGCACCGAGCCCAUUUGCUGAUGCUAUCUUCCAACUUAUGUUGCGUCCUUUGCUGCUGAAGAACAAAAUACCGGUUAUAUACGAAGAAUUUAGUAAACAUAUUUUGGCUAAACCGUUUAGCGAUCCAAUACGAAAUUAUGUGUUGCCUUCCAUGGCAGAGUGUUCUGAUUUUCCAUUUUAUCAGUUAAUACAAAUGUUACAGCAUUUAAUAUGCUCCCAAAAGUCAGAAGAAAUGCAAGUAGAUAUAACUUCUGGAACUACUUCAUCGCCUUCGACCAUUACUGGCGCGUCCUCAUUGCCUCAUCGCGCAACGGCUCAAUCUACACUUACAGGAGAAAAUCUAGAAACGCAGCACUCUGAGUUAUUCAGUAGCUACCUUUUUAAUGCAAUUUUAAUACUUGACCGCAAACACAUAGGUUAUCUGCAUAAACAAAAUUUAGUCGGUGACUAUAUUAAAAUAAUUGCGGAGAUUUCCAGCAAAAUAUUACAAUUACCAAAAUCAACCCUUAAGCUAUCAGUAGUACACCACCAACGCACCGAUGCUGAAGAGUCCAGCGAUGAUGAAGAAGAGGAAGAAAAGUCAAGGCAAGCUCAAACGCAGAAAAAGAGCACUGACUUAGACGUAGGGCCACCAAUAUUAAGUAGCGAAGAGCAGGUGGUUCUUUUGGAGUGCAUCACUCUAUUAAACGACUCACAACGUGUACGUGUGCUUGUCGAACAAACUGAUACAUAUCUCAUCGAUACAAAGGCGUUGUACGCAUUGUGCAAAAUUUGUCAUAAUCUUAUGAUCUACAAUAAACAAGCCAUUUUCGAAUACAAACUGCUUUACACGCUGGCGUUCAUGCCAAAUAUAGUUCGUACCGUUUGGUUCACUUUGACAACGCAGUCCACCCAGCUAGGCUUCAACGCACCUCUCUCACUAAUUUCCAAGGGGGUUGUACCACAACAGAGAGGUGUUGAACAGACAAUUCCUUUACUAGCUACUUUUUGUAUGCUUUUCGGACGACUAUUACCAACAUUGCAUGAUGCGGAGUUCUGUGAUGAAAAAGAUUUGUUGGCGAAAUCGCUCCAGUCAACACUGGUAACCACAAAACAUGUUCGCCUUAUGCCAUUUUCGAUUGCCGAAAUCGUACAAUUAUCGAAGACAUUGAAAGAAAUUUCACUGGGAUUGGUAGAUUUGGCAUUUCCUGAGACGCGUUCAAACCUCAAUGAGCAUUACCGUUUUGUUUUGGGCCGUUCUGAAUCCGAUGAUAAAAAAAUGUGGCAGCAAAAACAGAUUUGGGCGAACUUGCUGAAGGUUGUUGUAUUUGUAUUGAAUCAAAUACAUACGCGGGAUCUCCGACUUGGCUUUUGUCCCGAAUCACAUUGGACAGUAAGCCGUUUAGAUUUGCCACUUGACCGGCCGACUGAUUUACCGCUGACUCGUGGAAGUCGUUUUCGCGGUAUUCGCCCAUUCCAACCAAUAAGAGACUUUACAAGGGAGGAUUUUGAAAACGGCCCACCAAUGUCCACCAAGCAAAUACGAUCUAUAACAAUUUUGAGGGAGAUUCCUUUUGUCGUGUCUUUUAGUAAACGUGUGGGAAUAUUGCAGGGACUCGUGGCAGCAGAUAAGAUGCGUGUUCAGGGUAACUACCAAGCGUUUCUACAAGGCCCGUCUAUUAUCCUAAAAGUUAGACGUUCACAUCUAUACGAGGACGCUUACGAUCGACUACGUCCUGAAAAUGAGCCCGAUUUGCGUUUAAAAUUUCGCGUUCAGUUCAUUUCAUCUCUUGGUUUAGAAGAGGCAGGCAUUGAUGGAGGUGGUGUCUUUCGGGAAUUUCUUUCCGAGCUUAUUAAAACUGCAUUUGAUCCGAAUCGCGGAUUCUUCAUGGUCACAACGGAUAAUAAAUUGUAUCCUAAUCCAGACGUUGCCGAUUUGGAACCUGAUUUUGAACGGCAUUAUUAUUUCAUUGGAAGGAUCCUCGGCAAAGCGAUUUACGAAAAUUUGCUAGUCGAGUUACCAUUAGCAGAAUUUUUCUUGACUAAACUUGCCGGCAAAUAUGCUGAUGUAGAUAUUCAUCAAUUAGCUUCGCUUGACCCAGAACUUUAUAAAAAUUUGUUAUAUCUCAAAGAUUACGAAGGUGAUGUUAGCGAAUUAAAUUUGGAUUUUACUGUGGCCAGCAAUUCUUUAGGUCAUACGCAGAUGAUUGAGUUAAAACCAAAUGGACAGAGUAUACCUGUAUCUGCAUCCAAUCGGAUUGAAUAUCUCCAACUGAUGGCUAAUUAUAAGUUGAAUGUUCAAAUACGUAAACAUUGUGUAGCAUUUAGGAGAGGUCUGUCAAAUGUAUUGCCAAUCGAGUGGCUGUACAUGUUUAGCAACAAAGAAUUGCAAAUACUAAUUUCCGGUGCUGAAAUACCUAUUGACUUGGAAGAUUUAAAGAGACAUUGCAAAUACGGUGGAGAAUAUAGUCCUGAGCAUCCAUCAAUUAUAGUUUUCUGGUCAGUUUUGGAAAGCUUCAAUGAUUUGCAACGUAGACAAUUACUUAAGUUUGUGACAAGUUGUUCGAGGCCUCCGCUUCUAGGCUUUAAGGAUUUGGAUCCACCGUUUUUCAUACAGAACGCUGGGGAUAUGGAACGCUUGCCUACAGCGAGCACCUGUACAAAUCUGUUAAAGCUCCCACCGUUCAAGACGGAAGAGCAGAUGCGAGAAAAGUUACUGUACGCUAUCCAAUCGGGAGUAGGCUUCGAGUUGAGUUAAAUUUGGAUAUGGAUACAUUUAAUGUUUUUCUAAGCAACUUUCGUUUGGAACUGAGGAGUAGUUGUAAAUAAAUGCCACAUAUUAUUGUGAACGAAAACAAAUUGGUUGGGCAAAGGUGCCAGCGUAUAGAGAAUUCUAUCUAUAAAAUAAACAGUAUAUUAUUACUAACUUACCUUAUUGGUAUGUUUGUAUAGAAUCUUAUAAGUUGAU